GACUCUUUCCAUAUCAUAUAAACAUUAUAGAUAAUUAAUGGUCCUAUUAUUUCGCUAUCUAUCUUCUCAUAUUUACUUCUCAUCUUCUCAUUCACAGUUCACUUUUCACUUUUUACUUCAUCUUUUUCAAAUUUCACCAUUAAUAAUCUACUUAUGAAUUAUCCUUAAACCCUUUCAUUCUUCUUCUUCUUCUUCUUCAAUGUCUUCCAUAAACUUCAACCCAUUCGGCGGAAACUGGUUCCCAUUCUCAAAACCACCAACCCCACUCCCUCUCCCUCCUUUCAACUCCCUCCUCAAUUUCUCCCAAUCCCCAAAUUUCGCUUCAUCAUCUCUCUCCACCACCAACACCAACCCCACCACCACAACCCCCACCUUCGAUGACGACGAUGAUGACGAACAACCCGGUCCAUUCACCAAAUUGGUUAAACAAUUCUUCUACGAAUGCCAAAAAAUCCCCAACUACAGACACACACCAGAGGUCGAAAAAAUCCUCAAACAAAACGACACUUUUGAGCCAAACCCUAACGCAACAGAACAAGAAAUGAACCAAAACGAAGACUUUAUGGAUAAAAUGUAUGAAAAUCCAGUUAUACAGUUUCUCAUGAGAGCUGAGUAUAUUGCUGAUAGGAUGAAUGAGAUUGAUGUGAAGAAGAAUGAGAAACCGUUUAGGAAAGAAGAUAGGGAUGUUUGGAAGAAAGUGCCGAAUGUAAUUGGGAUUGAUGGCAGGCCUAUGCCGAGGAAGGCGCUGACGAAGAGGACGGCGAAGGAUAAGUUUUGGGAUUUUGCUAGACAGUUUUAUUUUGGACUUUGGGGGUUUUGGCAAAGGCAUUAUCCUCCUGGUAAACCUAUUGAUGCUGCUCAAGCUAUUGGUUAUAAGAGACUUGAGAAAAGAUACUAUGAUUUUAUCAUGAGGAGUAAUAUAUGGUUCUAUAAGGAUCGGCUGGGUCGAACUCGAGGGCCAUUGGCAUUGAUUACACUUAAAACUGCUUGGGGUGGUGGGGUUAUUGAUAAAAACACUUUCAUUUGGGGUGAGGAUAUGGAUGAAUUUGCUCCCAUCCACAUGAUUUAUGGAAUGGAGCGUGCAAUCGCAACUUGGGAAGUUCGACUUGCUGCUUCAGCGACAGCUUUCUUUCACAAACUACAAAGAGGUAUACCACCGUGGGUUCCUCUUAAGGGAUUUGAAAGGAAAACUUAUAAGCAGCUUCAAGAAGAGGCUAUAGAAAGCAAGAGGCGUGAUUUAGCAGUGCUUGAAGCUAAUGGUGGCGUUUGGCCUGGAGUUAGAAUUCCAAGUCAUGCUCUAUUUCUUUGGGCUAGUGGCACUGAACUCACCCCUACUUUGGAAGAAGACCACAUGCCCAACAAGUACAUUCCCAAAGAUCUCAGACAGAAGCUGGCGAAACUUAUUCCAGGAUUGAGGCCAUGGGAAGUUCUGAGCAUAGAACAAGCAAUGGAUCAAAUAGCAUUCAGUGGUGAAUGGUACCGUGAACCACUUGCUUCGUACACCACUGGUCCGCCAUUCUUCAAGCGAUGGAAUGACUAUGUGAUGAGUACUUAUGAAUUCAUUUCUGGCGUUUCCGAGUCAGCGGAUGAUCAUUUGAGUUACAGACUUCCUGGAUAUGAUAAAAUUAAGAAAAAAUUCAUUCAAGAUUGGAAAGCAAGAAUGGCGAGAAUGCGUAAGAAUGUCAAAAGAGAGCCCUCUCGCCUUAGAGCGGAGUAUGUCGAGGAGGAAUCUCCUAAAAAUUAAAAUUCCCAUGGGUUAUUCAAAUCAUAUGAUAAGACUUCAUCGUGUUUGUGUAUUUUGUUUAUAAAAAAAUUGGUUCACUUUGAACUGAACAAUGUAAUAUCAAUUCUGAAAACAAUUUAUUUGCCCGUUACAUA